GCUCUCACUCAGCUGAUAGACGGUUCACAGUUUGCAGCACAGGUUUCAGGUACAUCGCGCAAACUUUCAUGCGUGCUGCCUCAUUUCAUAGUGUUUUAUUUAACUCUUGGCAUCAUAACAUAGAGCAAACACUAAACACCAGACUGCAAGCAAAACAGAAGAUUUAUUUUUACCAUCUUCUCCUCCAGUGGGACCAUCAAGUCUGAACAUCAGUUCACCUGUAAGCAACUUCAGACUCCUCAUUAUGGCCACACGUCUCCGACCGAGUAAUAAGCGGUGUGCAGUCAUAGGGGGCUCCGGUUUCCUCGGCAGACACUUGGUGGAAAAGCUGUUGGAUCGGAGCUACUCUGUGUCUGUAUUCGACAUCCGCCAGAGCUAUGAGCUGCCUGGUGUCACCUUCCACCAAGGAGACCUUUGCGACAAACAGGCUCUGCUUCCAGCACUGAAGGACGUGUCCCUGGUAUUCCACUGUGCCUCCCCAGCCCCGGCCAGUGACGACCGCGGCCUGUUCCACAAGGUCAACAUCCAGGGCACGCGCACCGUGAUUCAGGCCUGCAUGGAGGCUGGAGUGCAGAAACUUGUUCUGACGAGCAGUGCCAGCGUGGUGUUUGAGGGCACGGACAUCAAGAAUGGGAGAGAGGACCUGCCCUACGCCAAGAAGCCCAUCGACUACUACACAGAGACCAAGAUUGAACAGGAGAAGUUGGUCCUGGAGGCAUGUGACAAGGAGAAGGGUUUCCUAACAGUCGCCAUCCGGCCACAUGGCAUCUUUGGUCCUCGGGACCCACAGCUGGUACCCAUCUUAGUGGACAUGGCCCGAAGAGGCAAGAUGAAGUUCAUCAUUGGUGAUGGAACCAAUCUGGUCGACUUCACUUUUGUGGAGAAUGUAGUUCAUGGACAUAUCCUGGCCGCUGAGCGUCUGAGGUCAGACUCACCUAUCUGUGGCAAACCGUACCACAUCACCAACGAUGAGCCAAUUCGGUUUUGGGACUUCAUGUCUGAAGUGUUGGUGGGCCUGGGCUACGCUGCUCCCCGCUACCACCUUCCUUACGCACUGGUGUAUGGACUGGCCAUGCUGCUGUGGCUGCUGGCCCUGAUCCUGCGCCCACUAGUGGCCUUCAAGCCCACCUUCACACCGAUGAGAGUGGCACUCGCUGGAACCCACCACUACUACAGCUGUGAACGCGCCAAACAGGACAUGGGCUAUAAGCCGGUAGUCAGCCUGAAGGAGGGGAUCACACGUACAGUAGAGAGCUACCCUCAUCUCAGACAAGGGGCGUGAUGGUAGAUGUGACGUAGCAUGGAGAUCAAGACUGUUCAGAUCUGUGAGGCUGUUGGUGUUAAGGCAGUCAUGCCCGAGAGCGAGGCGGUGAUGGAAUUCACAUCAGGUUUCAGGAUACAAAUCACACGACAAUGACAGGCAGGGUUUUCAAGCUUCACAACCUUUACGUUUAUUGUCACUGUUAUUUUUGGAUCCAUGAACAUGAAUCAGUGCCUCUUUCUCCUGCACCACUCUCAUGGAUUUACUUAAUUCUCACCUGCAGAUGGCAGCAGACAUUCCAGGGUUUUGUCAACACACUCUAACUCACAGCACCUACUACAUGCCAGAGAUAAAGUUUAUGUAAACCCGAGUGACCUUUUAAUUUGCUGUGACACCUGUUAACCUUUACAUAAAUCCUUGCUCUAUUUUUGUAUGUGUUGUACAGUUAGAUGUUGCUGCUCAUUUCAACACCUUAAUACAUUCCUUUGGUAGAUCAUUUUCCUGAUACUGCUUUUAUGUAAAUCACAGCUGAAAAGGGAGUUAAAAAAAAAACAAAAAAAAGUCUGAACACCACUUUACAUCUGUACUCUGAUAUUGGAGUGCCUAUGCCACCCUGGCGUCAGGGUCAUGUAUCAUCAGAGUGGCACGCGUGGUGUGAGUGAGCGAUGUCGCAACAUUGUUCUAGAAAUGUCGCACGAUACAAUAAUGGGAAGGGCAAUAAAAAUGCAGCCUUCGUCACAA